CUUGUACGAGAAAGGGUGCGUUUUUAGCAGGCUUACGUGCAACGUGCAUUACAGACAUAAUAUAAGUGAAAAAAAUUGGAGAAACAAAGGGAAAAUAACAAAUGGAUCUCUAGAAGCUCUGUAGCGUCAUUGGCUGCGGUGAGUCAUGUGGUCAGUCGUAACGUAUGACGUACAGCUCUACAGACAGCGCAGCGGAAGUGAAGUUCUGAGUGAAGAUGGCGCUGGACUCAUAUCACAGUCACGGCGAUGCGUGUGAUUAUUACAGCAGAAACAUGAGCAAUAAGCCUGAUGUGGUGCCGUGUGGAGUCACCGAGCGCAAGAUAAACGCGCCCUCAGAUAAACCCGACAUGGUGGUGCUCGAUGUCAUUCACAUAAAGGACAUAAAGGAUGUUCCGGGUCACAGAAAGAAACAUGAAACGGACACAUAUGUGCUGGGCACGAUUCAUCCCUUCCGUAAAACUCACCGCUCUGUCCUGGGGAAGUUUGCUCAGGAGUUUAGUCUGGUCACAUCUGACAGACGGUCGUGGCGUAUUCUUCUGUUUGGUGUGUUGAAUGUGAUGUGCACCGGAUGUCUGCUGACGUGGUGCAGCUCCACCAACAGUAUGGCCUUAACUGCAUACACGUACCUCACCAUCUUCGAUCUCUUUAGUCUAAUCACCUGUUUGCUGAGUUUCUGGGUGACCAAGAAGAAACCCAGUCAAGUCUACUCUUUUGGGUUCGAGCGUUUUGAAGUGCUGGCAGUGUUUGCAUCUACUGUGCUGGUACAGUUGGGUGCUCUCUUCAUCCUGAAGGAAAGUGUUGAGCGUUUUGUGGAGCAGCCAGAAGUGCACACGGGUCGUCUGCUGGUGGGAACAUUUGUGGCUUUGUUUUUUAAUCUGUUUACUCUGCUCUCGGUCAAGAACAAGCCUUUUGUCUUUGUGUCUGAAGCUGCGAGCACCAGCUGGCUUCAGGAGCACGUCGCUGAUCUCAGCCGAAGUUUAUGCGGCCUCAUCCCAGCGUUGAGCAGCAUUCUCUUGCCCAGAAUGAACCCAUUUGUGCUGAUCAACCUCGCUGGAGCGUUUGCUUUGGGCAUCACAUACAUGCUCAUCGAAAUCAAUAAUUACAAUGCAAUGGACACAGCAUCUGCAGUCGCGAUUGCUCUCAUGACAUUCGGCACCAUGUACCCCAUGAGUGUGUACAGCGGUAAAGUGCUGCUUCAGACAACGCCCUCUCAUCUGAUUGGUCAGCUUGAUAAACUGCUCAGAGAGGUGUCUACACUGGAUGGAGUUCUUGAAGUGAGGAAUGAGCACUUCUGGACCAUUGGCUUCGGAUCUCUGGCUGGUUCCGUUCACGUGCGUAUUCGCAGGGACGCUGAUGAGCAGAUGGUUUUGGCUCAUGUGACGAAUCGUCUGACCGCGCUGGUGUCGACUCUGACGGUUCAGAUCUUUAAAGAGGACCGGAAGCGUCUCUCACUGACCACCAGCGCUCUCACGAGCGGAUCUCUCAGUCUGUCUGAGUAUGUGAGUGCCGCGGCCACGACCUCCAAACAUGCCGAGUCGAACCCGGCCACGUCUACACCCGCAAAACAGAGCAGCCCUCCGCCUGAGUUCUCCUUCAAUACGCCCGGACGGCACAUUCAGCCUGUCGUGUUUCACGCGGCGCAUCAGCACAGACCGUAUAACGCGCCCCUUACCUACGGGACGUCGCUGUACGGCAGCACGCUCCAGCAGGGAUUCACGCACCCCACUGCUGCUCCCGGGAUGAGGCUGGGCUUUGGGAUCCCAUCAGUUCAGGGGUACAGGACUCUGAGUUCAGCGCCGCACAGAUACAGCAGCAGUCUGCAGCCAUCACACAUUGACCAACACAGACCCUGAUCACAUGACCAUGAUCACCCUGAGCUCAUGUUACUCUUUAUUUUAAUGGGACCAAGAGCAGCUGUUAUGGAUGUUUUCCCUGUAUUCUUUAUGUAUUAAACUGAUAUCUGUCAUCAUUAUUCCACCUUAAGAGAAGUUGAAUGAAUCUUAUGUGCUAACGACACAUCCGUUAUUUUCUGCUUUAGCAAAUACAAAAAACACAUUUCAUUAAAUCAUAUUUCCAUACACAAAUAACCUUGUGUUUGAAGUACUGAAAAUACCUAAAUACGCAAAAACAAUAUUUUAUCAUUAACAAUACGUAAACCCCCCCCAAAUCACGUUUCAUAUUUAAUGACAAUUUUUUUUUCUGUCAGAUAUCACUGCAUUCUGAAGAAAAUAUUAUGUUGAUUUUACUUUAUGAAUUCUCCUGAUCUUUCUGAUAUUCCGCUGAAGGAGAAUUUUACAGUUCAUCCAACAGGUAUUUGUUCAUUCUAAACUUUUAGCCUCACUUUAAAAAAAAAAAGUUUUCUUUUUUGAAUAACCAAACCGAGAAGAUGACUUUGAUGUUGAUAAACAUGUUAAUUUACCAAUCACAUUAAGCUUUAUUAUUUAACAUAUCUUUCAAUUCAAUGAAAAAAAUUAUUGGAUGUCGUAAAUGUUUUCAUUAAUUUGAAAUAGUGCUGCAGCUGAUUAUUUUGAGUGGAUGAGGCUAUACAUUGUGUACAGAAAUGUUUACAAUAUAAAUAAGACAAUUUUGUCCACUCCAUUAUAAAUGUCAGAAAAACAAAAGCACAAUCUAAGUGUUACCUGCUAAGAGGUAGAACACAUUCCCUCUGAACACAACAAAACGUUUCUGUAGUCUAAUGUCUUUAUUCAACAAAUAAGAGACUCUGUGUUAUAAUCCCUGUAUAGCUACUGUUGUUAUAAAACAUUUUUGCAUGACAUGUCACAUUUUAAUACAUUACGCUCACAUUUAAAGGUUAUUUUUUUGCAUUGAAAAAGUUUUACUCCUAAAGAAAUGAAUAGUAAUUUUGAAACGCUUGUACAAAAUCAUGAGAUGAAGACUCCAGACAUUUUCUUAUAAAAGCGCGUUUAUUGUACAUGGAGAGGGUCCCCUCAUGUUAGGAUCACAUGACCAGCUGAAUACUACCUGUUUAUUCUCAUUUUUUGAAUGAUUUUUAAUGAUGCUACAUCCACUCAGGUGUCACUGGAAGUCCAAGACGAAAUGAAAAAGAUUGCUUGUCCAACAUCAAAUUACUGUAAACUGCAGUAAAGACAAAUGGGUUUGUGAAAUGGACAUAAACGUAUGACUUUGGAUUCAUAACAUUUAUAUAAAAAAUAGAGUGUUCAAAUAUG